AUGGAUCAAUGGAGUGAUAAUAGAGGAGGAUAUUUUGUGGGAAAUGAGCCCACUACUCCUAACCAAUCUGUAUCUUCAGCUAUCAGACAACAAUUUUUGUGUCCUGUUACUGUCAGGCAAGUUUUAGAAGCUCCUGAGCAAGGUUUAAAAGUAGGAUCCUUGACAGCUACUAUGGUAUCACUUUGUGGAGUAGUUAGUAAUGUUGAAAUAACAUCAACGACUAUAAAAUUUAGUUUAACUGAUGACACAGGAAUAAUCGAUUGUUUAGAAUGGCUGGAAACUCAGGAUAACAGUAAAAUAUCUAAAACUACAAAUCUUUUAGAAAAUAAUUAUUAUCAUGUUUAUGGUUGUGUUAAAUAUCCCCAAGGAAGUAGAAGAAUAAUGGUGUUUAAAACAGUCAAAGUUACUGAUUUUAAUGAAAUAACUGCAUUUAUGUUAGAAGUUUUAAGUACCAAUGAAUAUGCUGAAAAAACAACCAAGGAUUCUAAAGUACCAGCCACAAAUGCAUUUGGUCAAAAUUCAUUCACUUCAUUUAAUAUUUCCACUGAUGAUAGAAACAAACUAACACCAAUUCAAAAAGCAAUUAUGGAUGCCAUAAGUGGUGGUCAAGAUAUGAAUCAGGGUUAA